AUGGAGAACAGUCGCGAGAAAGAAUCAAUUAAAUCAGAUUCAGCGGAAAUCGACGAGGCAACGUGUGCUUUGGACCGUUUGAGCAUAAAGCCAGAAAAGUCAGUUGAAAAGGAUAUUUUUGUUGUAAAUGAAGCAGUUUUGGUUUGGCCUUAUCACCCGAUUAAUAUACCUCGUGCGUCGUGUGCUUUCCCGUUUUACACAAUUCCAUUCGAAUUUUGUACUUUUAUAUGUAAAGCACCUGAACUUUCGAAAAUAGCAUGCACGUACAAGAGCAUGCGAAAAUCAAAAUUUAAGAAUCUUAAGAAAUGCUCAGAUUCGACGUCAAGUCUUAUCGCUGAACAGCCGUCAACUUCACUUGAAAAUAGUCUCGUUGUUGAUAAUUCAGAUAGAAAAUUGCCGAACUGGCGCGCUAAAUAUCGAUUUCGGCCAUAUGCAGUAUGGCAAACAAAAUCUAAGUACAACUCGCGGAAAACAAAAAAUCGGAUGAAUAAGAAAAGUCUGCUGGAUAAAAAUUAUAUCAGAAAAUUGAAAAAAAUAAAAUUGGAUUUGGAAAAUAUUGAUUUUAAUGCCACUAAAAAACCGAUAUCGAAAAGCUGCUCAGGAUCAUGUUCGACAGAAGCAUGGAGAUGCUUGGAAUUUGAAGAAGGAAUUGAAGGUGAUAUUAGUGAACUUGCCUUAUAUUUUUCUCAUUUUGUCAAUGUUACGUCGAAAAUGUCGGCUCAAGCCAAAAACAUGUAUGAAUAA